GUCAAAAAAGAGUUCAUAGCAAAGCAAAACAAAACAGAGCGAACGGCAAGAGUAAGUGAAAAGAUGUCUCUAAUUCCGAGCUUUUUUGGAGGCCGAAGAACAAAUGUGUUCGACCCAUUCUCACUAGACGUAUGGGACCCCUUUGAAGGAUUCUUGACGCCGUCAGGGUUGGCAAACGCACCUGCCAAGGAUGUGGCAGCGUUCACAAACGCUAAAGUGGAUUGGAGGGAGACACCUGAAGCGCAUGUGUUCAAGGCGGACGUGCCGGGGUUGAAGAAAGAAGAGGUGAAGGUGGAGGUUGAAGAUGGGAACAUACUUCAGAUAAGCGGUGAGAGAAGCAGUGAGAAUGAAGAGAAGAGUGACAAGUGGCACCGUGUGGAGAGGUCAAGUGGGAAGUUCGUUAGGAGGUUUAGGUUGCCAGAGAAUGCAAAGGUGGAGGAAGUGAAGGCGAGUAUGGAAAAUGGCGUGUUGUCGGUUACGGUGCCGAAUGUGCCGGAGAGUAAGCCUGAGGCCAAGUCCAUUGAUAUCUCCGGCGUAAACAUAGACUGUGGAACGUCAUUGCCUGGCGUAGACAACAACAACAUAAAAUGGCUCGGAGACAAAGACUUCAUCACAUCCGGAGAGUCGGCCACCGUUUCGUCCACCACCGUCGAGAAAUCCCUCACCACACUUCGGUACUUUCCCACGGGCGACUCUAAUUGCUACUCCAACAUUCCGGUUAAAAAAGGCGGAAAAGUUCUAGUGAGAACGAUGUUUUACUACGGGAAUUACGACGGGAAGUCCUCAACCCCAUCCUUCAACGUAGUGUUUGAAGGGAAACACCGAGGCACCGUAUCGAUAUCCUCUGCGUUCGAACCUUACCUUUUGGAGCUGAUAUUUUCUCCGGCCAGCGGAGAGACUAGCGUUUGUUUUGUACGUACGUCUCCAUCAUCAAACCCUUUUGUAUCUUCCAUUGAAGUUUCCGACUUGGACGAUGGCAUGUAUAACGAGCUUGGUCCUGGUGAAGGUUUAUUUUACCAACAACGACGUGCGUAUGGUGCAACAGAAUUUCUAAGAUCGGAUCUUCAUGGUAGAUUUUGGCUUCCAUCCGAUAUAAACAUAUUGGUGACCGGACUACCGUCCACGGCUGUGUCGAUCGAUACCUCUGGUGCAUCAAACAAGCCGCCUGAGUCCGUCCUCCGUAACUCUUGGACCGGGGAAGGCUUAUCAUUAGUCGACCCUACUCUUCCUUUGGAAGGAGUUCCGGUGUACUUGGCUAUGUAUUUCUCGGAGCCUCUCCAGUCGAGUUUACGAUCUUUCAACAUUUUCUUUGGUGGUAAGCAAGUUGGUAAGAGUCCAGUUGUGCCUGUGUUUGGAAAAGUCACGCAAGUGGUCGUGAGAGAUGUGGUGGCCAGCUCAAGCACCCCACUGACGUUCUGGUCCACUGCUAGUGCGCUUUUACCGCCCAUGAUAAAUGCGGCCGAGCUUUAUGUGAUAAGUAAGGGUACAAGCGAAGGCGCAGGCGGAGGCGGAAGCGGUUCAGGAUCAGGAUCAGGUGGAAGUGGAGGAGGAGGAUCUGGGAGCAGUGGAUCCGGAUCUGGCUCCGGUGGGACUAGUAAAGGAGGAACUGGAGGGAGCAAUGAAGUGAGUCCAGAUGGAUCAACCAAAGGAAAGAGCAGUAAACUGCCAAUAAUACUUGGUGUGGUAUCCGCGAUAGCGUUUGUUCUUUUCGCAUAUGUGUUCAUCGCUAUAAUCUUAGCUAAUCGUCGCAAAGUGAGGCUGCAAGCCCUUGCUAUGCCUACGUCCACAGUGGCUAAUAUGGAGACUGGAGCGUCAACUCUGUCCACACAACAGAUGGACAACGACUCAAACCAACCUACAAAUGAAAUAGACAUGGGAGAGAUCGACGACUUGAUUGGAAUGAACCAGUACGUAGCGCAAUGACUUUGAACAUCAUGUAAAAUAAAAUGUUUUUACCUUG